UCAGCCCCUUCACCCCCACACCCCUGCUUCUCCCACCACCUUCCCCUCUGAUCCUCCUUACUCCCCCGCAUUAUCAAUUUUUUUUGGCUGUUUUCUUCAAUUAUUCCCAUUUUCUUCACUUAAACUACGUCCUUUGUCGGUUCAAUCUUUCUUCAUUAGUUCAUGGAUCCAACACUAAAGGAAGAUUCUUUGGAUAGUGAGACAACUGAGAGUACUAAAUCUUGCACUGAUUGCAAAACUACAAAGACACCCUUGUGGAGAGUUGGUCCUUAUGGGCCUAAGUCACUGUGCAAUGCUUGUGGGAUCAAAUACAGAAAGAAAAAGGGUACCCCAUCUGGAUUUAGCAAAGACCCAGAGAAGAAGAAGAAAGCGACAGACAUUUCUAUCAGUUGUACGGACAAUCUAGCUCAUAGCCAAAAGGAUAAAGUUGGAAAAGAUGGGAAGCUAAGCAAAGGAUUGAGGGUGAGAUUUAUGAUGUUGGGGAAAGAAGUGGUGAUAUUACAGAGGCAGAGAUCUUCAAUGAAGAAGAAGCCAACAAAGCAUAGGAAAUUUGGUGAAGUUGAAAGAGCUGCUCUUCUUUUGAUGGCUCUGUCUUGUGGCUCUGUUUUUGCCUAAAGUCAGCACUAGUUAGUACUAAUUACUAAACCCUAACCUCUUUUUUUUUUUUUUUUUUUUGCUUCUUAAAGUAGAUAAACCCUUGUUUUUUUUAGCUUAGUCUAAGGUUUUAGGGGUACUAUAAAAAAUAUUCCAGAUUGGGUUAACAUAAAAAAGAAUCUGGUAUUAGAGCCUUUUUAAAGAAAUGGCUUGAUUUUGGUAGCUUAGGAAAAGGAAAGGAAGAAGGUGAAAUUGUAUAUAUAUGAUGGUGCUGAUGAAUGAAUAUGCCCUUUUUGAGUUCUGUC